UUUGUCUCGCUUCCUGCCUUUCCCUUUUCCUUAUAAAACCACCGUCCAUUCUGAGUCUGCUGCCCUCGCCACGAAACCGCAGCCGCUCAGGGAAAGGGCGAGGAAAAAGACUCGUCUUGGCUGACCGCUCCGCUGCUUGAGUUGAUCUCGCCAUGGCUUCCAGCGUCGCCGUGGAGAACCUAAACCCCAAGGUUUUAAAGUGUGAGUAUGCUGUGCGUGGAGAGAUAGUCAUCCAUGCUCAGCGGUUGCAACAACAGCUACAGAAUCAACCUGGAUCUCUACCUUUUCAUGAGAUCCUAUAUUGCAACAUUGGGAACCCACAGUCUCUUGGUCAGCAACCAGUUACAUUCUUCAGGGAGGUUCUUGCACUUUGUGAUCAUCCAUACUUGUUGCAAAGAGAGGAAAUCAAAUCAUUGUUCAGUGCUGAUUCUAUUUCUCGGGCAAAGCAGAUUCUUGCCUUGAUACCCGGAAGAGCAACAGGGGCAUACAGCCAUAGCCAGGGUAUUAAAGGUCUUCGGGAUGCAAUUGCUGCUGGGAUCACUGCACGAGAUGGAUUCCCUGCUAAUGCAGAUGACAUUUUUCUUACAGAUGGAGCAAGUCCUGGGGUGCACUUGAUGAUGCAGUUACUGAUCAGGAAUGAGAAAGAUGGCAUUCUUGUCCCAAUUCCACAGUAUCCCUUGUACUCAGCCUCCAUAGCCCUUCAUGGUGGAGCUCUUGUCCCAUAUUAUCUUAACGAAUCGACAGGCUGGGGUUUGGAAAUCUCUGAUGUUAAGAAGCAACUUGAAGAUGCUCGGUCAAGAGGCAUCGAUGUAAGGGCUUUGGUCGUUAUCAAUCCAGGAAAUCCAACCGGACAGGUUCUUGCUGAGGAAAAUCAGUAUGACAUAGUGAAGUUCUGCAAAAACGAGGGUCUUGUUCUUCUGGCUGAUGAGGUAUACCAAGAGAAUAUCUAUGUUGACGAUAAGAAAUUUCACUCUUUCAAGAAGAUAGUAAGAUCCUUGGGAUACGGAGAGGAUCUCCCUCUAGUAUCAUAUCAAUCUGUUUCUAAGGGAUAUUAUGGAGAGUGUGGUAAAAGAGGAGGUUACAUGGAGAUUACUGGCUUCAGUGCUCCAGUAAGAGAGCAGAUCUACAAAAUAUCAUCAGUUAACUUAUGUUCCAAUAUCACUGGUCAGAUCCUUGCUAGUCUCGUCAUGAACCCACCAAAGGCUGGGGAUGAAUCAUACGCUUCCUAUCAGGCAGAAAAGGAUAGAAUCCUUACGUCUCUAGCUCGUCGUGCGAAGGCACUGGAGGAUGCAUUCAACAAUCUUGAGGGGAUUACAUGCAACAAGGCUGAAGGAGCAAUGUACCUAUUCCCUCGGAUUAAUCUGCCACAAAAGGCAAUCGAUGCUGCUAAUGCUGCUAACAAAGCACCUGAUGCAUUCUAUGCUCUUCGUCUCCUUGAGUCAACGGGAAUCGUUGUUGUGCCCGGAUCUGGAUUUGGCCAAGUUCCUGGCACAUGGCACUUCAGAUGCACAAUCCUUCCACAGGAGGAGAAGAUCCCGGCGAUUAUCUCCCGCUUCAAGGUGUUCCAUGAAGCGUUCAUGGCGGAGCACCGCGACUAAAGUGCUGUAUGAUGUGAAACAUGGGAAUUACAUACAAGCCUCAUGGAUUUUACCUAGGCCUUUCUCCCCUUAACAGCAGCAUCCUGUAGAAGAAACAAAAUAAAGCAAUCUAUGCCAUCAUUUUUGUGUGUGUGAUAAGACCAGAUUACUGAAACAGAGAACAGUCUUGACGCCUUUGAUGCAAUUGAGGAAAGUUUUGUUUUCCUUCUC